CCCCUUCAGCCGGAGUUGACUGAGGCUGUCGGCGGCGGUUGCUCUUUCAGUCAGCCGGUGGCCGCCAUGUUGGGCUUCGCGGGUCGCUGCUGCGCCUCUUCGGCCGCCUCCCUGCUGCGGCGGGGCGUGCGGAGCGCGCCGAGCCCGCUCCAGGACCUGCUGAAGCUGCGCGGCGGGGUCGCCUCAGCUGCCACCGAGGCCCGUGAGUGAGCGGAGGGCGAGGGAAGGCGCCCGAGGGCGGGGUCACCUUGGGGCCUAGUGGCGGGUGUGAAGCGCUGCGAGGACGGCGUGGGCCUGCAGGACUCGCACGCAGCAAAUCCUUAUGCCGAAUCUGCUCCUCUGCGGCGGGAGGAGCUGCCUUUCAGGCUGCAGGGCCUUUUCUGCUGGCUGAAGUCAAAUCUCUGCAGUCAGGCUUUUUAUUAUGUUCUUAUCUAUCUAUAUAUAUAUAAUAUAUAUAUGCGUGCUGUAAGCCAUCCAAAGUGGCUGGGGAAACCCAGCUAGAUGGUCGGGGUCUAAAUAUAAAAUUAUUAUUAUUAUUAUUAUUAUUAGGGAGGGAAAACAUAAGAGGCCCCUCUGGAUGAGCCCCACUUAGCCCACGGUCGCGUUCCUUUUUUGUCGUAAAUUUUAAUUGAUUUUCAUACAAUUCAACAAAUUCAAUUCGCAAUAUUCCCUCAGCAUUUUGACUUCCCGGUCUUAACAUCCACGGCGUUUCUGUUCAGAUCCUUUUUACCUGCUACCUUAAAUGUUAUACUUCUCUAUUACGGGUUUGGGAGGGACGACACGCAUCUGUGCCCCCCUCCCCCAAUGCAGGACACGCGGCCCCCUCCGAGCAAUCGUCGUUCGGAGGCAUUUGUAACGUUGGAAUCCUAGCGCUUCGGUUGCGGAAGCGUGCACGCGAAAGCCCCGUGGACGUGAGAGCGCAAAGCUGCCCUUUCACGCGACGCGUGGCCCCUGGCAAGGAUCGGGUUUUUUUGGAACUGGGAAGGGAAGGUGGCCUGUUUUAACAUGGGAGGUUGUUGCAGGGGAGCCGACGACGAAGAUGGCGAUGGGAAAAGGCUUUGGCAGUGUGUCGGGGUGGCGGUGGUAAAGGGCUGGUCAUGGGUGUGCAAGCGUUUCCAAAGCACGCGAGACUAGUGCCUCUGUUUUCACCUUCCACAAGGUGGCCAGUAUCAAGGGGCCUGGCCUUUAAGGCAGCCUUUCUCAACCUGUGGGUCACCAGAGGAUGUUGAACUACAACUCCCAUCACCCCUAGCUAGCAAGGCCAGAGCUCAGGGAUGAUGGGAGUUGUAGUCCAACAACAUCUGGGGACCCACAGGUUGAGAACCGCUGCUUUAAGGGAAGGUUAUGCCAGAAAGUGGGGGUGGGGGGUUGCUUCUGGAGUAGUGAGGGAGGUGGGUCUGGGUUGCCAGUGCUGGACUCAACUAAGCCAGCAUAGAGAGAUUCCUUGCAGAGUGUCUGCAGUGUACAGGGAGACAAGUAGAAAAGGCAUAUAUUGCUGGAGUGGAGGAUCUCUGUAGCUGGAAACUGGCUUAUGGGUGUAUAAAGGGAUCCAUGUUUUGUGCUUGGGAGCAGUUUGUUCUCGACUUAGUCUCACACUGGUAACCUCAAGGAUUUAGGAAUGAGGGUUACAAGGUCACAGCCUGAAGUUCUCCCUGAUUCAGCGGGUUCUCCAGGCCAAAAGGGUGGGAGUCUUGAGCUAACUCCUGUCACAUUUGCUUCCUUUGCAGCCUUGGGGGUGGGGAAAUACUCUGAUAACCGCUUAAUCGUCAUGUCUGCCAUGGUUGUCCUCUAGGCCGGAACUAUGCUGCACAGGCGGCUCCUGCAGCUAAAGCUGGAGUGGCCACUGGGCGCAUUGUGGCAGUCAUCGGUGCUGUGGUGGAUGUCCAGUUUGAUGAUGCCCUGCCACCGAUCCUCAAUGCACUUGAGGUGCAAGGCAGAGAUACACGGCUGGUGCUGGAGGUAGCACAGCACUUAGGUAAGCACCAUUUGUAUUCCUUGGCUUUUCUCUAGUCAGGUUUUAACUCUUCCUUCCUUGAUGAUCAGUAAAAUGACUUUCGUUCUUCUGAGCUUGCUGAAGCCAUAUUUAUGAUCUGAGAAGGAAUUUUAAAUCCACUGCUAACCAGAAAGAAGGCAACUGGACACAGGGCCGCGUUGACUGGUGGUAUUGGUUAGUGUUGUGGCCCAAUUUUACUUAUCAGUCUCCAACCCAGGAGAAUGUAGGAGUUUUUGAGGGCACUGGCAUUUUAUGGCCCAACACAAUAAGGAGCAGAUUACCUAUUUGAUAUUCUCAAACACAGAUCCCCUUGCCUUUCCUUCUUGACCUUGGUAUCUGAUUGUCAUGAGCUUAAUGUUUUAAUCUUGAAAUAAAUCUUUACUGAAGUGCUUUUUCAGUCAUAAAUCUGUUAACACGAUGUACUGAAUUUUAGCUCUAGUCUCUGUGUAUGUUAAAUGGAAAGUACAUUGUUUCCAUGCCCAAUGUUUAUGUCAUUCUCAAACAGAAGUAAAGCUUCCUUUAGCAAUUUACCACAGGGGAUUAACAUGGAGUAUUUCCCCCCUCUAAAUAUUGAACUCAUUGGGUUUAGUGAGAAAUGCAACUUACAAAGUUUGUUCUCCAUUGUAGGUGAGAAUACGGUUCGUACCAUUGCUAUGGAUGGUACUGAAGGCUUGGUGAGAGGGCAAAAGGUUUUGGACUCUGGUGCACCCAUCAGAAUUCCUGUAGGACCUGAGACCCUUGGCAGAAUCAUGAAUGUGAUUGGAGAGCCAAUUGAUGAAAGAGGCCCAAUAACAACAAAACAGUAAGUGUGAAUCUGAGGGUUAAAUGAUAGGCAACCAUUCAUAGGCUGGUAGCAAAAGCAUGUUAAUUAGCGUAUUUUCAGUUUUAUAGAACUCUUGCUGUCUUCAUGCUCAACUGUUGUUGAGCUUAGAUAGCAGAGCACCCCUACAGUUUAUGAGGGUCUGGAGAAUUUUAAGGCAGAAGCCAUGCCAGCAGUUAUUUAUUUCAUGAUCAUUCUUUAAUCUUGCUGUUCUUAGAAGUUCUGGACAAGCAUUUUCUGGCCAUUAAGAGCUAGCCUAAGCAAUGCAGUGCUAAAUUAUAAACCAAAUUAAUAGCAGCAUGCUAGCUGUGGAGCAGUUCCUGUAUAACAUAUCACUAUUGCUGAACAUUAGUUUUAGCACCCCAUGCUAGAAAAUGAAAAUAAACAUAAUCUAAAAUAAAAAAGGUUUUGUUCAAAAUACAUGUUUUAGAUAUUGCAUUUUUCUUUUGUAACUUAGUGUAUAGAUUUCAAAUCCUGCUUUUUCUGCUCCAACUCUUACUGAACUAAAACUAGACAGUUUUUCUAUGAUUAAAACACAAAUGAAACUAUGGUGUUGCAGACUCCUUGGCCUAAAGCAGGCACAGUGUGUGAAUACCAAACUGGGGCUUGGGUUUAAGAAUUAUUGGUGAGCACUUUGUGAAUACCCAAUAUAAGAGCACAAUUUUUCAUAAUGUGUGGCCAACUGUCUUUUUUCUUUCUUCCUCUUGCAGACUUGCUGCUAUUCAUGCUGAAGCACCAGAGUUUGUUGAGAUGAGUGUCGAGCAAGAAAUCCUUGUGACUGGCAUUAAAGUUGUAGAUCUCCUUGCACCAUAUGCCAAAGGUGGUAAAAUUGGUAAGUUACCAGAGGACCCAUGUGGAAUAGGUUCUAUCUGGGGUAGGGUGGUCAGUGCCUUGAAUGCCCAAGUCUCCUGCCCCAACAAUUUGUGUUCCUCAUAUCAUUAGGCAGUUAGAACCUAAAAUCCUGACAACGGCUUUGUUUCCUUCACUGAUGAGUAAAUUUAUGACUUUCGUUCUUCUGAGAUUGCUGAAGCCACUCUUAUUUCUGAGAAGGAAAAGGAGGAGAAUGAUAGAGGGUGCAUAAUCAAAGGCUGAAUACUAAACUGACUUUCUUUCCCAGGGCUGUUCGGUGGUGCUGGUGUGGGCAAAACUGUACUGAUCAUGGAGCUUAUCAACAAUGUUGCCAAAGCCCAUGGUGGCUACUCAGUGUUUGCUGGUGUUGGGGAAAGAACUCGUGAAGGAAACGACUUGUACCAUGAAAUGAUUGAAUCUGGAGUCAUCAACUUGAAGGAUACCACAUCCAAGGUGAGCAAGCUAUUCAGGCUACGCAGGUGGGAAGGGACUAAUCUAGGCCCCAAGAAUUCAGUAUUGGUUGACUUUAUCUGCCAUCUCGAAAGGGAAUUUUGUAGCUUUCGCCAGAAAUUGGUCGCUGUGUUUGAGACUAGCCUAUAGAAUUCUGAAUAUCUAGUCUGGACCUUGCGCCAAAUGCUCAUAGGAAGCUAACAGAAUUACUGAAGUACACAGGCUGAAGAGGCUUUCUUGUUAACAUUUGUAGUAGCAAGAGCCUGCCUUUGGAGGAAAUACUUUUAUAUGUCAUUUGAAGCUACCUUGGUGUGACCUGGGAGGGGCUGAUGAGGGGCAUAGAAACUUUCUACGCCAUAAUGAAUUUCCUCUUAUCCUUCAGGUCGCACUUGUUUACGGACAGAUGAAUGAGCCACCUGGUGCUCGUGCCAGGGUUGCUCUAACUGGAUUGACCGUGGCUGAAUAUUUCAGGGACCAGGAAGGUCAAGAUGUACUGCUCUUCAUUGACAACAUUUUCCGUUUCACACAAGCUGGAUCUGAGGUAAGGCUGGGUAUCCUAGGUCACCCUCCAUCGGAAGCUUCAAUUAAGCUUGCUAGUUAGAAGGCCUCAGUCUUUAAAAAAUGUGAGUUUCUGUCCUGAGUGUUGGAUGUCUCCAGGUGUAUUUAGGAUCCCCUAUCCCUUGAAGGCAGAAAUUUCUAGUUCUCGGUGCCUUCUUCCUGUUAGGACCUCUGUUUUUUGCCAUACUCGUUUCCUGCCUGCUUGAAAAACUAAUUACAGCUCUUGCCAGUCGUGUGUAACUAUCAGGUGUGUAAAUAGUCCACAGAGCCUAGGGCUUGCCGAUCAGAAGGUCAGCAGUUCGAAUCCCCGCGACGGGGUGAGCUCCUGUUGCUCUGUCCCUGCUCCUGCCAACCUAGCAGUUCAAAAGCACAUCAAAGUGCAAGUAGAUAAAUAGGUACCGCUCCGGCGGGAAGGUAAACGGUGUUUCCGUGCGCUGCUCUGGUUCGCCAGAAGCGGCUUAGUCAUGCUGGCCACAUGACCCAGAAGCUGUACACCGGCUCCCUCGGCCAAUAAAGCGAGAUGAGCGCCGCAACCCCAGAGUCGGUCACAGGUGGACCUAAUGGUCAGGGGUCCCUUUAUCUUUACCUAGAAGAUCUUAUAUUUGUCAGCCACACUGCUGUUCAAUUACUGCACAUUUCUUCUCUUCCAGGUGUCUGCCUUGCUGGGCAGAAUUCCCUCAGCUGUGGGGUACCAGCCUACUCUAGCAACUGAUAUGGGUACCAUGCAAGAGAGAAUCACAACAACUCGCAAGGGAUCUAUCACAUCUGUGCAGGUAACAACUGUCCCUCUCUAAGGAUGGCAGAACUGCCCACGAAGUUCACCGUGUGCUUUGUUUAAUAACAAACUUCAUCCAAUUGCUCUCCCCCUUGAUCCAGCACAUCUGUUUUUCUUCCUUCAGAUGGUUAACAUUUAAAGUCAUCAUCAUCAAACCUUUUAUUGGUAUCACAUACAACAUCCAAAACAGAUCAAUACAGAAUUACCGCUUCCCCAGUGGCACAAAACAUUUGCUAAAAGAAAGGAGGCAGAGCAGUGUUUGCAUAUGCAAUAUGGCACUAUAGUAAGUCUUUUCUCUUCACAGGCUAUUUACGUACCAGCUGACGACUUAACUGAUCCAGCCCCUGCGACUACAUUUGCCCACUUGGAUGCCACCACCGUGUUGUCUCGCGCCAUUGCUGAAUUGGGCAUUUACCCAGCUGUGGACCCUCUCGAUUCCACCUCUCGUAUCAUGGAUCCCAAUAUUGUGGGGCAGGAGCAUUAUGAUGUGGCCCGUGGGGUGCAAAAGAUUUUGCAGGUGAGGGUGGAUUAAGCACACAAUUACUUAAUAUCUCAUGUGCAAAAAAAUAAUCUCUGCAGAAGUUUGUGCCAAUAAACUUUACCCUCACUGGUAGUACCACUGGCUGUUCAAAAGGCAGAAUGUAGAUUUGGUGUGCAUGGUCUGUUCUCCUUCAGGGUGCCUUUGCUGCUUUUGGUCACAUGCCUGUGUUCUUUCUAGGACUACAAGUCCCUCCAGGACAUCAUUGCUAUUUUGGGUAUGGAUGAGUUGUCUGAAGAGGAUAAGCUUACCGUGGCUCGUGCCCGUAAAAUUCAGAGGUUUCUGUCCCAGCCCUUCCAGGUUGCGGAAGUUUUCACUGGCCAUGCAGGCAAGCUGGUACCCCUAAAGGAAACCAUCAAGGGCUUCCAAGCAAUCCUGGCAGGUAAGAAGUUGUCCUGGUAUUUUUUUUAUUAAAUUUGUAUGCCGCUCUUCGUCUGAAGAUCUCGGGGCAGUUCACAGAAUAAACACAAAAGUACAUAAUAAAAGCAAGAACAAAGCAACCCUUCCCUUUCCCACAAACACUAUUAAAAGGGUAUAGGAGAUCAAUUAGCCUGGUUGAAGAGGAACAUUUUUACCUGGUUCCUAAGGGUGUGUAGUGGGACACAGGUGGCGCUGUGGGUUAAACCACGGAGCCUGGGACUUGCCGAUCAGAAGGUCGGCGGUUUGAAUCCCCGUGACAGGGUGAGCUCCCGUUGCUCGGCCCCUGCUCCUGCCAACCUAGCAGUUCAAAAGCACGUCAAAGUGCAAUUAGAUCAAUAGGUAUCGCUCCGGCGAGAAGGUAAACAGCGUUUCCGUGCGCUGCUCUGGUUCGCCAGAAGCGGCUUAGUCAUGCUGGCCACAUGACCCGGAAGCUGUACGCCGGCUCCCUCAGCCAAUAAAGCGAGAUGAGCGCCGCAACCCCAGAGUCGUCCACGACUGGACCUAAUGGUCAGGGGUCCCUUUACCUUUUAAGGGUGUAUAAUGAAGGUAUAAUCCCUGGGGAGAGCAUUCCACACCUGCAGCUAUAUAAUGUCAGGAGUUUGCACUCGCACCCAAUUUAUGGUAAUUGGGGUAAUCAUAAAUGGCCCUCUACAAUGGACUUGCAGGUGGCUCCGGGCAGUUCAUACUGAUUUACCACUUCUAUCCUCCGUAGCAUGGAAGGAAACCCCAAAAAGGGAACUGGGCAGAUUUGCAUGUCAGCACUUUAUGCUGCCCAGAAACAAGUUUGCCAAUCAUCUGCUUUUCCUGAACAGUUCGUUGUCUGACUUGCUGCAUAUCUUUUCCUUCGCAGGAGAGUAUGACCACCUCCCUGAGCAGGCUUUCUACUUGGUGGGGCCUAUUGAGGAAGCUGUGGCAAAGGCUGAGAAGCUGGCUGAAGAGCACUAAUGAGUCUGUGGCUGAGGGGGAAAUUGUUCUGCACCAAACUCUCCAUUGGUUCAUAUUGUCCAGGUUCCCAACUGGGAAGUCGUGUAACGUGUCUGCAAAGUAUUUAAAGUUUUCAAUAAAACUUCUGGUGAGAUCGUAGAAGUGGCAUGUCAUGUUGCAAGUGGUGACGUGGGAGGUAAUAGCACUUCUGCUGUAGCUUGCUGACUCUCUCUGCCCCUUAACUGCUGCUUGUCAUUUCCCCAGCAGUAGACCUGCUCAUUCCUAAGAUUAAUGUGUUGGCAUGCAGCCAGUUACUCGUCUGCAAGCUCAAAUUCCCUGGAGACUAGGCCUAAAAUGCCUCUUCAAUCUCCGCUAUUUUCUGAUUGUCUUUAUUACUAGAUAAACAUGAUGGAUAAUUCUAUCCCAUUUAUCCUGAGUGGUACAACUUUAUUGGAUGUGCAUUUAUCGUGUGAUCAGUAGCAGCAGAAAAAUCCAGAUAUCCUUAGUAGGCUUCUGCUUCCCUUGACAUCUAGUAGGUGGUAGAUGAUCUGGCCAGAUGAAGGAGAAGGUGUAACUCCUCACAUACUUGAAUUUAAAACUUGAUUAGAUAUAUAGUAUGCCUAGUUGGUCAAAAAAGAACUACUGGCCUCACUACAAAUAGAAGAGCUAGCAUAUUUUGCCUGUUGCAAGCAGCAUCAAGUCCAGCAAGUAUAUAUAAGAAAUCUCAACAGGCUGAGAGUAGGUUGGGUGUGCGUUUAAGUGCUCCCUAAGGGUGGCGCUGUGGGUUAAACCACAGAGCCUAGGACUUGCCGAUCAGAAGGUUGGUGGUUCGAAUCCCCGCGACAGGGUGAGCUCCCGUUGCUCGGUCCCUGCUCCUGCCAACCUAGCAGUUCGAAAGCACGUCAAAGUGGAAGUAGAUAAAUAGGUACCGCUCCGGUGGGAAGGUAAACGGUGUUUCCGUGCGCUGCUGUGGUUCGCCAGAAGCGGCUUAGUCAUGCUGGUCACAUGACCCGGAAGCUGUACGCCGGCUCCCUUGGCCAAUAAAGUGAGAUCAGCGCCGCAACCCCAGAGUCAGCCACGACUUGGGUCCCCUUUACCUUUUUUAACGUCCCUUGCAAGUUACAAACUUGUAGGACACAUGGUGGUUUUGAGACACUUCUUUCAGACCUAAGAUCAGUGGUAACUGAAGGAAACAAGCUGCCUACAUUCUUAAGACAGAGUAAUUUGGACGUAAUUUUAGUAGGAUCUCUUGUUAUCCUUAAUGUUAAUGGAAGGCUGUUCCUCUAAAAAACAUGGUGCACUACAGCCCUGUACAUAAGCUUGCUGCAGUUUCUAUGCUACAGUAGUAUAUGUGCACUGAGACUUUUCCAUCUGGUCUUGCCCUCCUCCCCACUAUAAUAUUUUUCAUUCCUAAACCACAGCUAAUGAUACCGUAUCGGAAAGGAGCUGUAUUUUGCAGAGCAGCUAGUACUCACUGUGUUCCAGAAAAAUCAAGUGGGAUACAAUCAAAUGUUCAAGCAUCAAAAGGUUCUUGCAACACUUCAGCAGCAAGAAUGAAGAACCACAUUGCCUAGCAAUCUCCAUAUAUAUCUUCCAGCCCUUGCUCCACCCUUUUCCUUGGCUGCCUCUUUUAAUAAAAACCUAAAACACUCAAGUUUACACCAAGAUGUUCCAGCCAGUAAGAGGUUUAUACAGCUUUUUAAAAGAGGAAGGAAAAGAGAAGGAAGGAGGCUAAAGAGAAGAUAUUUAUUUAUUUAUUAUUCUAAAGGAUCUAACUGGGGUUAGUGCUUGUUUCAAAGCAGCUUUUUAACCUCUUGUUGAUGCCUUCAUCUUGCCCCAACUGCAACAAAACAUGUCUCUCUGUAUCAGCCCCUACAGUUACAGCAGGUGCCUUCCUGCAGUUUGGCUUCACACCCAAAGGUGCACUCUUACUGUCUACUGAGACAAGGCAGAUGCCAAUUACAAAAGUGAGUGGUACUCAUCUUGUCUUGAAGGCUGGUAACCCUACAUCUUGGUAGUGCAGCUGUUGCCAGGAGCUCACUUUAAAGAUGUUGAAAUGUAUUAAUAAGCUUUGUUGCACUGGAAAGAAUAGAAGUCAUGAUUGCUGUGGUGUGUAAGUAAUGUGUUAUUAAUUCAGAUGAAGCCCUUGGGAUAUGUAAUCGCUCUAUUGGCAAUUUCACCAUCUUACUGCUCCAUUUCAAUCUGCUGGCGGGAGUGAGAGCGCAGGCUGCUGAUUGCCUCUGGUCACCAUUUU